CUCUGGAGAGACUCACAGGACAGACACACACACGACACAUCUCACUUAUAAACAGAAAGAGUGGGAUUUUGCCAUACUAAGUUCAAUGAAGGAUACGUCUUAAUUUAUACAACAAUAUUCUUGGGGGGGAAAACUUUCAAAAGCUUUGCAAAAAGAAAAAAAUCAUCAGUUACUUCGUUCAUUGGUGUUAAAGAUGCCAUGUUUCAUGUCACUAUGUCUGUCCAUUUGGGUAGUACUCAUGAUGUCUGGUAGGACAAGUGCACUGACUGACAACAUCGACGUGAUGGUCAUGCUGCCUCGCAACAACACAUACCUGUUCUCUUACCAGAGAGUUUCUCCGGCUAUUGAGUACGCGAUAAAAACCCUCAGCAGAGCAGAGCCGUUUGCAGGAUUGAAAUUCAAUUUGCAGUAUGAGAACUCCGCGUGCGGGAUGGACGCUUUGUACGCGCUCGUGGACAAGCAGAGAUACGAGCGUCCCGACCUGGUCCUCGGUCCGGUGUGCGAGUACACGGCCGCGUCGGUGGUCAGAGUGGCAUCGCACUGGAACAUCCCCGUGAUCUCAGCAGGUGCUCUGGCCACCG